GAGGCAUCAAAAAGUUUAUGCCACGGUUCAAUAUCUGCAUAGAACGGAAAAGUGGCUACGUAAAAAAAAUAGCUUACAUGUAUAUAAACAGAACCAUCUACUUUUUUUAAAAAUUAGAAAAAUCUAGUACUCUUACCUUAUGGAUAUGCCUUUUAGUUUCAGAAAAAUUUGGUUGAGCAUGCCUGGUGAAUUUUCAUAUAAAUAUUUUACUAUGUUGUUAAUCAAAUCGUUUCGAACAUGUCAUUUGUGUCAUUGCUUUAAGAUGAUCGCAUCUAAAAAUAUGUCAGUUGCAAUAAAUGAACCAAAUGUUGUACCAGAACACUUAAAUAAUUUGGCUAAACAGUUAAAUGUAAAAAGUUCAGUGUUGUCUAAAGUUAUAAAUAAUCAUCAAGAGAAAUUACAAUUUUACACUGAAUCAAGAUGGCUAGUACUAUUUGAAUAUUUAACUCAAUAUGAUUUUAAAACAUCUGAGCUUCUAGAAAUGAUAGAUUCAAAUCCAGACAUAUUAGGUGUAAGUAGACAAGACUUACAAAAAUGUAUGACUGCCUGGACUAAUUUUCGCUUUGAUGAUAAAAAAUUAAGACAGCUAAUAGUUUCACAGCCUUCUUGUUUAUUGCUGGAUGAUAAGCAAAUUCUAUCCAGAAUCCCUAAACUUUUAUCAUAUGUUGGUAAUAAACAAAAUCGAUUGUUAGAAUUGAUAUCAUAUUCACCAAAUAUUUUGUUUGACAAUUGGAAGUAUAUUGAGUCUAAAUUAGAUUAUUUAUUGUUGAAUAUGGAACUUGGUCCAACUCAAUUUGUAACAACGAGUGUAAUGUCUUCAACACUUUUUGAUUUAAAGUGUAGACAUACUUUUUUGAUAAAAUUAGGAAUGUACAAACCACGAGAUCCAAAGGCUAAUCCAAACCAAAUAACUGGUAAUCCUUCAUUAAAAAAAAUCAUUGAAACAAGUGAUAAGCAGUUUGCUGUUAAAGUUGCUGGAGUUACGGCUGAAGAAUUCUUUGUUUUUAAAAAAAUAUUUAAAAAACAAUUAGACGGAGAAAAUGAAGAUGAUUCAGAUGAACCUGAAUAUUACAGUGAUGAUAAUUGAUUUUUAUAUAAGAUGUAUAAUUUGUAGUAGAUAUUGUUAGUUGCAAUGUGCAUUAAUACGUUAAGAUAUAUAUUUGAACAUUUACUGUAA